AUGUCUCUCACCAUCCGCGAAAAGCCACAGGUUGGCGACGCAAAGCGUUGGAUUAUCAUUGGCACCAUUGGAGGCGCAUUUCUCAUCAUCCUCAUGGGAGCUUUGGUCGUGCUGCACAUGAGGCGCCGCAAGCGCGACAGGCAGGAGGGCGUGGACAUUGAAGGAGACGACGAGGUGACGGGCCACGACCUCGACAACCUGGGAGUCACGGGCCAGCAGGGCCGCAGCGGCGCCGGCCAGAACCAGAACGCCUUCUCGCAUCGUGACGGCUCCCCGUCGGGCUCGUACAUGGGCGGCCAGCAGCGCGGGCAGUUUGGGGCAUAUAAGGCGGAUUCGAUUUCUAGUGAGGACACCGGCAACCCCUAUCACCACCCGGGUGCGCGAAAAGCGCAGUUCAACUAA